GGGGCGGUCCGAGCCGCCUCUCCCGGCCAAGCCCCCUCAGGGCGGGAGAGCGCGGCUGUCGCAAAGCGCCGCCCAGAGCGGCGGAGAUGGCGGCCUAGGGCCGGUGCGGCGGGGCCGGGGCCGGGACGGGCUGGGCCGGGGCUCCCCCGCCGCCGCCGCCCAUGUGGCUGCAGCAGCGCCUGAAGGGGCUGCCGGGGCUGCUGUCCAGCAGCUGGGCGCGGCGCCUGCUGCUGCUGCUGGUGCUGCUGCUGGUCGCCUACUGGUACCUGGGCGCGGCGCGGGCGCGGGGCGCGGGGCGCGGGGCCGAGCCCUGGGCUCCCGCCGCGCUCUGCCUGCAGGCGGCCUCGGGCGCCUGGCGGGAGCAGGCCCAGCGCGGCGAUGCGCUGCCGCUGCCUGAGGAGGCGGCGGGGCUGGCGGUGGCGGGCAACGGGUUCCUGCUGCUGGACGUGUCGGCCGGGCGGCUGUGGGUGCGGCCCGCGGGGCCCGCCGCCGGCCCGGCGCUCGCCACCGAGUACCCGGNCGAGGCGCGGGCGGCGCUGGCGGCCCUCAGGGACGGCGCCGUGCGGAGGCUGCGCUGCGUCCAGACCGGGCCCGGGGCCGGCGCCGGGGACUGCGUGACGGUGCGGGAGGAGGUGGUGGCCCACCGCAGCCGGCCGCACCUCUACCUGCAGCGCAUCCGCAUCGCCAACCCCACCGCCAGGCUGGCCGCCUUCGAGGCCUCGGCUCCCGCCGCCGCCUCCGCGCCAGGCGGGCGCUUCACCACCAGCCUGGAGAAGGUGGAGGAGAGGCAGUUCCUGCUCUCCUCCGGCCGCCUGCUGCUGGCCGGCAGCCCCAAGGUGGUGCUGGUGGUGGUGGCUGCCAAGAAACUCGUGAGCCGGGUGCAGGUGGCGCCCGAGUCGCACUUCGACGAGACCGUGCUGUCCGUGGUGCACACCUCGGAGCCCAUCGAGGUGUCCAGGCUGGAGGAGACCUUCAGCAAGCUGAGGGAGGCGGCCAAGAAAGAGAUGCUGGAGGUGAUGCAGAUGGGGGUGGAAGAUCUUUUCCAGGAGCACCAGCAGACCUGGUCUGACUUGUUCAUUUCAGGGAUUGAAAUGAGGAAGAUCACAGAUGCACACACGCCAUCCAGUGAGACUGUCAACAUGACCCUGUACUACGUGCUGAGCACUGUGCCAGCCCCCCUGCUGGACCCCCUGAUUGCUGGUGAGGACAGGGAGAAGAUUGAAGCCAGCCUCAACUACGCUGACCACUGCUUCAGCGGCCACGCCACCAUGCACGCCCAGAACCUGUGGCCACCAAAGCUCACCAGCGUCUCCCAGAUCCUGCAGCUCUCAGACCUGUGGAAGCUGACUCUCCAAAAACGGGGGUGCAAGGGUCUCGUGGCAGCUGGAGUCCACGGACUCAUGCAGGGAAUGGUGCUUAGUUUUGGGGGGCUGCAGUUCACAGAAAACCAUCUUCAGUUUCAGGCUGACCCGGACGUGCUUCAUAACAGCUAUUCCUUACGUGGGAUCCAUUACAAUAAGGACUUGAUCAGUUUGGCUGUUCUCCUGGAUGCUGAAGGAAAGCCCUUCUUGCACGUGUCUGUGAAAUUCCAGGACAAGCCUGUCAGACUGUAUGCGUGUGAGGCAGGCUGUAUGAACGAGCCUGUGGAGCUCACCUCAGAGGCACGGGGUCACACCUUCCCUGUCAUGGUGACUCAACCCAUCACACCACUGCUUUAUAUAUCAACAGAUUUGGUCCACUUGCAGGACCUAAGACACACACUCCACCUAAAAGCUAUUCUGGCUCAUGAGGAACACAUGGCCAAGCAAUACCCUGGCUUACCCUUCCUGUUCUGGUUCAGUGUGGCCUCCUUAAUUACUUUGUUUCAUUUGUUUCUGUUCAAACUGAUCUACAACGAGUAUUGUGGGCCGGGAGCCAAGCCCCUCUUCAGGAGUAAGGUGGCUGUCCCCAGCUCUGCCCCCUGAAGUGCCCCAAGGCCUCAGAGCCACAGCACAGGGCUGACCUGGCACCUCAUCCUCCUGGGCACUGCAGAGCAAACAGCUCGGCUGCCUCCUCUUAGCUGGACCUACUUCAAAUGAAGGUGAUGCAGAACUUGAUUCCAGAAACAGGGAAGAAGUGGAAGCCAGCUGAAGCUCAGAGUCUGUAGCAGUAAGCAAGAUAGAUGGUCUUGAAGUAACACCUUGUCCAUUAUUGAAUGGGAACAUCCCCACGUCCAAGUGAACUUAGUCCUGCUUUCUGCCUCCAUUUGCACAAGACACCUGGCAAUACUGCAGCUGAGAACAAGGACAUUUGAAAGCAACAAUCCUUUUGUGCCUUGCUAUUACAGGAUCUGAGACUUGGAAGGUGUGGUGAUUCAAUUGUUUAUCCCAGAAGCUUGUAACAGAUGUUUCCUUUCCCUGUAAGCUGUUCAGUUCCCUUGGAGUUAUCCAUUUGGUGAAGAUACUUGAAGAUAUACUAAGACCUUUGAUAUUUUGAUCUGUUGGGUUUUUUUUUUUAAUUCUGCAGAAAAAUAAAGGAUGAUGAUUCCCUUCUGAGAGUUAACUAGAAAACUUUAAUGAACUUCCUUUCUGGUAUACAGUUUGUAAUUUAUUGCUUGGAGGGAGGGGGAGUAUGUUAAUUUUUCCUCCACUUCAGUAACAGUCAAUUGACCUGUCGAUAUCUAACAACCUUAAUUGCUGAUAAGUUCUCUUAACAGGUGUUUCAGCCUUUAUGACUGUAGAGUGCAAAAUCAAUUUAAUGAAUUUGUUUUCUGGACAUGCACUUGGAAAUGAUCUACACGUUUCCUAUUCUAAGCCUGUUGAGACUUUGUGCAUUGAUUUGUUUUGGCUAUGGGGGAAGACACCCUACUUUCUAAUGACUUACAGGUUGGUUGGUUUUAAAAUACCAAAGCUGUUGUUUCUAAAUAAAUAUCUUUCAGUCUAAGCUGA